AUGACGAAGCUAUUGCAUCUUCUGCAAGGUCUCUUUUAUUUGUCGCUCCUUGUCGCCAUCAAUGGAUUUGGUUCUAUUACCACUUCGGGGAGGUGCUUUGGACGGUCACCAGUAGACCUCCUGAUGACGGCGGCAAAUUCGGCUGACACAUCACCAUCAUUGGCUGUAAUACAUCAUACGGCCAUCAAAACACGCAACAUCACUCUUGCAAUACAAUUCUACGGAUUGCUUGAUUUUGAAGUCACAACGAAAUUUAGAGCAGGACCUGCUAAAGCUGCUUGGUUGGAGCAGCAAGGUCCUACUACAUCAACACGAGGAGCAGGAGGGACACGGUUGGAAUUGAUUGAAGUUCCAUCUCACAUUUUGAACGAACCAGAAGGACAGAAAUGCCGAGCCAUCGAUUUAAUGCAACGGCAAGAUCUUUUGGGAAUGAAUCACUUUGCACUAGACGUGACUGGCAAUAUCAAAAGUCAAGAACUAGAGAGUUUAUCUGAGUGGAUGGAAAACUUAAACGAAAAAAGUUUGAAGGAGUUUGGAAAGACAUUACGAAUCGCACUGUCACCUCGGCAGCAGAUGAUUGGACGGAGUGUGUACGAAUUAGCUUUCUUGUACGACGCCGAUGGUGCUCUUGUCGAGCUCCUAAAUAAGCAAAGGGACUUGCCACAAGAGAUUGAUUCUGGAUGGGAACCAUUAGGUGGCGCCAAUCUCUUGGAAACAGAUUAA